AUGGCCUCGGUGACGGGGAGCUCGCCGCCGCCGGCGCAUGAGGAGGAGCAGGUGCUGGAGGGAGAGGACGCAUUCGAGAUACCCAGUAAGAACGCGUCGCAGGAUCAACUGCGAUGGUGGAGGAUACACUCUAGACCUGGAAAGGAAGAGAAAGAGAACUUAAGAAGAAUGUUACGAUCCCAUGCACAAGUGAUACGAGCAGUAUUUCUUUUCAAGGAGGCUGGCCAGAAGAACCUAGGAGAGUAUUGCACUAGCAUAAAAGAUGAGACGCUCUCUCAGAGAUUUUCAGUUGAUCUGAAAAAACUCAAAAUGCUGAACAGAGACCAUGACACUAUUAUAUUCCAGGAGGUUGGAGGGGUUAAGGGGCUUUCAGAUUUACUAAAGAGUGACUUAGACGAAGGAGUUAGUCCAGAUGAGAAUGAAUUGAUGCGGAGGAGAGAUAUUUUUGGGGCAAACACAUAUCCACGCAAGGAAAGAAGAAGCGUUUGGUAUUUUGUAUUUGAAGCCUGUCAGGAUUUAACUCUUGUAAUUCUAAUGGUAGCUGCUGCUAUAUCAUUAUCACUGGGCAUGGCAACAGAGGGUGUAAAAGAUGGAUGGUAUGAUGGUGGAACAACCAGUGAUUAUAGACAAUCACUUCAGUUUCAACAUUUGAAUGAGGAGAAACGAAACAUACAAGUUGAGGUCAUCAGAGGUGGUAAGAGAUUAGUAGCUUCAAUAUUCGACCUUGUUGUUGGUGACGUGGUUCCCCUCAAAAUCGGUGACCAAGUUCCUGCAGAUGAUAUACUGAUAUAUGGUCAUUUUCUUGCAAUUGAUGAAUUGAGUAUGACACGGGAAUCCAAAAUUGUUAAUAAGGACCAAAGGGCCCCUUUCUUGAUGUCCGGUUGCAAGGUUGCAGAUGGUUAUGGCUCUAUGCUGGUAACUGGUGUGGGUAUCAAUACUGAAUGGGGUAUGAUGAUGGCCAACCUUUCAGAGGAUACUGGUGAAGAAACCCCAUUACAGGUACGCUUGAAUGGUGUUGCUAAUCUUAUUGGUAGUGUGGGUUUGUCGGUUGCUGGUGCUGUGCUCGUCGUCCUCUGGCUAAGGUAUUUUACUGGACAUACCAAGAAUCCAGAUGGGACUACCCAAUUUUUGGCUGGAACAACAGGUGUCAAACAGGGAUUUAUGGGGGCAAUUAGAAUUUUGACAAUUGCUCAAUUAAUUCUAACAGUUGUUGUGCCUAAAGGACUUCCUUUAGCAGUAACAUUGACUCUUUCAUAUUCAAUGAGGAAGAUGCGAGACAAGGCUCUUGUGAGACGGCUCUCAUCUUGUGAAACAAUGGGAUCAGCAACCACUAUUUGCAGUGACAAGACUGGAACUCUUACCAUGAAUAAGAUGACAGUUGUUGAAGCAUAUUUGGGUGGGAAAAAAAUGGAUCCUUAUGAUAAUGCCAGCGCGAUGUGCACCAGUGUGACAGCUCUAUUAAUUGAAGGAAUUGCACAUAACACAACAGGGACUGUGUUUAUGCCAGAGGAUGGAGGAGCUACGGAAGUUACUGGCUCACCAACUGAAAAAGCAAUUCUUUCUUGGGGCCUUAAGAUUGGGAUGGACUUCAAGGAUGUGAGAUCAAAAUCUUCAGUUCUUCAUGUUCUCCCAUUCAAUUCAGAGAAGAAGCGUGGUGGUGUGGCUUUGCAAUCAGAUACAGAGGUCCACAUUCAUUGGAAAGGGGCAGCGGAGCUACUAUUAGCAUCUUGCAGAAGCUGGCUUUCUACUGAUAGUUCUGUUCAGCCAAUGAAUUCCAUCAAGCAUAGCGAAUUCAAGAAAUCGAUUGAUGAUAUGGCAGUGAGUUCAUUGCGUUGUGUAGCUUUUGCAUAUUGCCCCUGGGAAUCCAAAAUGGUCCCAACAGAAUCUCUAGAUAAGUGGAAGUUGCCUGAGGAUGAUCUGACUCUUAUUGGGGUGGUCGGGAUAAAGGCUGAUAUAGGUCUUUCAAUGGGAAUAUCAGGAACAGAAGUUGCCAAGGAAAGCUCAGACAUUAUAAUCUUAGAUGAUGACUUCACCUCUGUGGUCAAGGUUGUUCGAUGGGGCCGGUCUGUUUAUGCAAAUAUUCAGAAGUUUAUCCAGUUCCAACUUACUGUUAAUGUUGCUGCCCUAGUUAUAAAUGUGGUUGCUGCUGUGUCCUCCGGGGAUAUUCCUCUGAAUGCUGUUGAGCUUCUUUGGGUGAACCUUAUUAUGGACACACUCGGAGCUCUUGCAUUAGCAACCGAACCACCAACAGACAACCUAAUGAAGAGGCAUCCCGUCGGUCGAAGGGAACCUCUUGUCACAAACGUUAUGUGGAGAAACCUUUUUAUCCAGAUCUUCAAUGAGUUCAAUGCUCGCAAGCCUGAAGAGAAGAAUGUCUUCAAGGGAGUUACAAACAACCACCUUUUUAUGGCCAUAGUUGGUGCAACUACCGUGCUUCAGAUCUUGAUGAUUGAGUUCCUCGGGAAGUUCUUCGAUACUGCUAAACUUAAUUCGAGACUAUGGUUGCUGUCAGUGGCUAUUGGCGCAGUGAGUUGGCCUCUCGCCUAUCUUGGGAAAUUCUUCCCUGUGCCUGCCAGGCCUUUACAGAGCUACUUCAAGCAUUGUUCUUGUCGUAGAGGACCACACCGAGAUGAAGAGCAAGGCGGCAAGAGCUGA